GCCGCAGUUCUGCAUUCCGCCACCGGCGCGCGGGGUCUCGCGCACGCUCCAACCGCUGCAGUAGCCGGGUCUCGGUGGGGCGGGGCAGGGCGGGGCGGCUGCAGGGCGCUCUCCGCCGGUGCGGGCGGAGGUGGGAGCGGAGCGGCGCGGCGGGGCCGUGCCGGGCGCGGAGGUGACUGACUGCCCGCCGGUCAGCGGGGAUGCUGCUGCCGCUACCACCGCCGCCGCUGCCGCUUGUGAGGGGGCAGCAGGCGGGCGAGCGGGCGGCCGCGGCGCCCGGCGGUAUGAGUAGCGGCGGGAGCGAUCGCCGAGCCCCGCGGCGGCGCUAGGGGCCACUCCCCGCUCCGGUCGCCACCUGCGAGCCGCGGCGGCCGGUUCAGCUCGCCCGGAGGCGCAGCGCGAAGGAAGGCAGAGCCCCUCCGCCCGCCGGGGGUGCAGCCGGGCCGGCCACAAAGCGCCGCCGCCCGCUCUCCUCCUCCUAGAUCGGCGGCGCUGCCCCCGCCGGCCCACCCGCUCCCGGAGAGGUUGCGGGAGGGAGGGGGCGAGCGCAGCCCCCUUGUCGCCUUGUGGCUGCCCGGUCCAUGGGAGGAGCGGGCCGCCUCCCUCCGGGAAGCGCCGCCGCGGCUCGCCGGGACUGAGCGGGGCGGCCGGCCGCCGGCGCGGAGGGAAGGAUGCCACUGCUGCGGAAGGUGCUGCGGGUCUCCAACCGCUCCAUGCUGGCCUUCAUCUUCUUUUUCUCCUUCUCGUCCUCUUGCCUCUACUUCAUCUAUGUGGCCCCCGGGAUCGCAAACACAUAUCUCUUUAUGGUUCAAGCUCGUGGUAUAAUGUUGAGAGAAAAUGUAAAAACAAUAGGACACAUGAUCAGAUUGUACACUAACAAAAAUACUACACUGAAUGGCACAGAUUAUCCUGAAGGAAGCAAUUCUAGUGACUGUGUUGCUCAAACAACAAUGUAUCUUCCAGAAAACUUCACUUACUCUCCUUACCAGGCUUGUCCAGAGAAGCUGCCUUACAUGAGAGGCCUUAUCGAUGUCAAUAUGAGUGAAAUUAGUUUUGAUGAAAUUCAGCAACUGUUUUCAAAAGAUUUAGAUAUUAAACCAGGAGGACACUGGAAACCAAAAGACUGUAAGCCACGAUGGAAGGUGGCGAUCCUUAUUCCUUUUCGGAAUCGCCAUGAGCAUCUUCCAAUUUUUUUCCGUCAUCUGAUACCUAUGUUGCAGAAUCAGCGUCUGGAAUUUGCCUUCUAUGUUGUUGAACAGACAGGUACACAACCUUUUAAUCGUGCAAUGCUCUUUAAUGUUGGCUUCAAAGAGGCGAUGAAGGAUGCUGCCUGGGACUGCAUAAUAUUUCAUGAUGUGGACCACUUACCUGAAAAUGACCGAAAUUAUUAUGGAUGUGGAGAAAUGCCACGCCAUUUUGCAGCAAAGCUCGACAAAUACAUGUACAUUCUUCCAUACAAUGAGUUCUUCGGUGGUGUGAGUGGCCUGACAGUGGAACAAUUCAAGAAGAUCAAUGGGUUUCCAAAUGCCUUUUGGGGAUGGGGUGGGGAAGAUGAUGAUCUUUGGAACAGGGUUCACUAUGCUGGAUACAAUGUAACAAGACCAGAGGGAGAUUUAGGGAAGUACAAAUCCAUUCCUCAUCAUCACAGGGGUGAAGUCCAGUUUUUAGGAAGAUACAAACUUCUGAGGUAUUCCAGAGAACGUCAGUAUAUUGAUGGGUUGAACAAUUUAAUAUAUAAUCCUAAAAUACUUGUCAGUAGAUUGUAUAAAAAUAUAACUGUUAAUCUCAUACCAGAACUUGCUCCUGUUAGAGACUAUUGAUGGAAGUGAAAUGACAAGCUAUUCUACCAGAAUAAACUUUUAACACUGGAAGCUACUAAUAGAGACUGUAAGACAAAACAAAACCAACAAACAGAAGCUUAGAAUUAGAGAUUUUUGACCAUUUGAUGAUGCAUAUUUGGGAUGAGAAGUAAAGUGAUUGUAUGUACCAUGAAUUUGGUUCUGAAAGAAAAGCCAGCAGCUACUACUCAGAUGUUUACAGCAUGAGACUACUGUUCAAGCCUUCAUUCUUCAUGUUCUCUAUCUUAACCACUCAACUAAGUAAACUGCAGAAAACAGACUUGUAGCUUCUCUGGAAGUAGGAACAGAGACCUCUUCUUCCAGGAAUUUUUUUAUACUAAACCACCACCACCCCUUCCCCCCCAUAUUUAAAUGAAUGCUUUUGUUUCUUUUUAAAACGUGUUUUGUAAAUAUGUGAUGUAAAUUAAUGUGUGUACAUUGCUUUUAAAUUGCUCAAUAUUUUAUGCUUCAGUAUGUAUUUGAGUGUGUUCUCAUUUGAGUUCUAUAGGAAUGUUUUUAUUAGCAUGAAAGAACAAGAGUAAAAUAUAAGUAUGCUUAAAAAAAGGUUAUACCUUAUGUGAAAUGAAGGAAAUAUUAAUUGUUGGCCAGCUAUGACUGUAAACUGUUAUACUAGUUUUGAGCUCUAGGCCUCCUGCACAUCUAUAUAGAAAAAUCAAUUUCAUAUAUGAACUUGUUAGAAAGAAAGCUUUUAAUUUUAUUUAUUGCCAGUAAAACUGUAUGAUACCCUGCCUGCCAUCUAAAUCCUAUUUAUAUGCAUAUUGCAUGUGUAUUACAGAAAAUCUUGCAGUUGUUGCGUAUUAUGAUCUACAGGAACUCUUAAGUGUUUCCAAGUGUGCCACUAGUGUCAAUGUCAGGGAUUUUAAUGCCUAAACAAUGUGUCUGGGUGCGUACAGUAUUUUGGUAUUGUUCUUUUUUUAAAAAAAUCCUGGUAAACAGCACUUUUAUUCCUCCAAAAUCAGAAGAGCCAAAAAUGUGUCUUCUUUGGAAGAAUAUUAAAGUUAGAUUUUUAAGAAAAUAAUAAAACAUAGUUCUAAUAGUUCUAAUGCUUGCAGUGUGGGAUUUUCAGAACAUGGUGUUGGUCAAACUGUUCCGAUGAUGACGACAAUGACAUAAGUGGAACUGAAAGCAGGCCAAUCCCAAGUGUUUUUUUAAAUUCCACCUGUAAUAUAUUAAUCAAUAUAGCUAUUUAAGGGCCUAUUCUGGUAGAGUGCUGAGUGCUUCUAUGAUGCGCUAAAUAUCCUCACAUCGAUGACUUUCAAUGAGAUUGAGGUUGCACAGUCCCACUAAAGAUUGGUCCUGUCUGUUUCUCUAUUUUUGUGGUGUUAUAUGUAUGAGUAACUAGCCUCUUUCCUUGGCUUAUAAUGAAAAGCAUAUCUUAUUUUUUGUUUGCUUGUAAUGUUAUGCUACCUGAAAGUAUCCCACUGCGAAGCAUUAUUAUCUUUUCCUAAUAUUUUUUUACAUCCCUUGUUAAUACUAAGGAAAAGGACUGGAUUGUUUAUUUUCUAUGUUAAUGCAAAGAUAUUGACCAAGAUCUACUAAACUGUUUUGUUUGUCAGUUACUCAACUCUUUAGGAACCAAAGACUGACUUCUGCUCCCAUGAAGAAUGGGAAGCAGUAUAUAAUACGGAUUGUUUAACCAUAGAGUGUUCUGUAAGAGUGUUGACAAUGAAUACUAACUUCAACUCAUUACUAUGUGUUGGUUUCCUGAACUGCUGCCGCAAAUGGUGUGGUGCUUUGUAUAUUUGAGUUUGUUUGCCAUAAACACCUUUUAUUUCUUUGAUGUCCCAGCAGCAAAUUUUGCCCUUAGCCAUUCUUCAGUAAAGUUAUGAGCUUAGUUGUAGGCAUCCCAAAUAUUUAGUAGAAAUGUAAUGAUUUAUUUUAAGUAGUUGAGAACAAUUGUAAGGGAUACUUUAAACUGUAUUGGAAUUACCUUAAAAUCUACCAGUUAAUCCAAUAUGCUUUAGGAAUGAUAUAAUGCAAGGAAGAUAACAAAAAGUGAGCAUAAAGUGAACAAAACAUCUUUCAAAGGCAUGCUUAAGUCGUCUGAGCACCUCCUGAUGUAUUUUUCUAUAACUGAGUGUAGAGAAUAUUCUGAAGCAUUAGUCUUACUUCAUAGCAGACUAAUAAAAUUCUUUAAGAACUGUUGAAUAAAUUUUUAAAUCUGUCGUAAUUUUGAAGUGAUUUCUGAUUUUCAGUACAAAUUCACCUACUCCUUAAUGCCUAUGAUUAGGAAACAUCCUUUGGUACUGUAGGUCUGUACUGUUUUCUGAAGCAUGCUUUUGUGCCCAUUUGUUAGGCAUUCUGUGAAAUUAAUGUGCAAUUUUAAAAAAAUCUAAUGCAUAUAUAUGUAUAUAUACAUACAUAUAUACAUACUAUAUUACACAUAUGCUAUGGCUGAACUAAUAUAACUUUACAGCUCUAAGUGAUUAAUCAUGUAUGGUCUUAGAAAAAUGUGAUUUAAACCAGUAUGUGAAUGGAUUAUAACAAAUAGCUGAGUUCUUAAAAAGUUUACAUUUUGGUGCCCCAAAGUGAUAGAUGUUAAAUUAUGGAUUGUUAACCAACACUAUUCUCUUUUAUCACUUUGUUGGGAAGUUUUAGAAGUUGCCAUCUUAAAUUAAAUCAGAAAUAGUGUUUGUGUACUACCUGCUUAAACUCAGUACUGUUCUGUAGUGAAUUUUAACAUAGACAGUGCCUUCAAACAAAAUAAAUGCGAUGCAGAACUAAAAGUUGUGCACAUUCCUUUUGAUAUUUUCAUGAUUCUUGUAAAAUGUAGAGAGAAACCGGUCACAUUGGCUUUUGCACUGCUGACAAGGCAAAUUAAGGACGUCUUUUCCUCAAGCAGUGAACAUGGAGGGAGAAGAAAGGGAGUAUUUUACAAGAUUCUGAAGGUCUUGCAAAUUAACAAGUAAAAACAUUACAGAAAUAUUAGCAGUGGAAUCUGACUGAUAUGCUAAGAAACUCUUAAGCCCAUUUGCUGUAUUUCAAAUUCAAGGAGGAGAAUAUAAAAUAUAAAAUCCAUUUUGCAAUAGACAGUAUAUUGAAAAGCAAGUGCGAAAUGUCCUUUUUCUUGGAUCUUGCCAGUCUAUUUUUCUAUCAUUAUGUUUACUAAUGACUGUGUUGUGGGUUACUAAUGAGCCAGUUAUUUAAAAAUAAUGAAAGGAUCCAUUGCGUAUCAGCGAGAAGAAGUGUACUUAAGAUUAUUUUAUUUGUAGAGGUAUGUAAGAUAGGCUUAAUGAAAAAUGCACUGAAACAAAUGCUGGGAAUUUCCUGUGUACUAUCAUAGUUUUGGUUUUUUGUUGUUCAUGAAAAUGUUUGUACUUUUUUAUCAUUGUCUUUUAUGAAAUAUAAUGUUCUAAAGAUCG